ACCUCUCCAGACAUCCAAUGAAUGUUCAAGCCAAUCAAACAGCGUGGAGAGACUAUGUCCCCUUCUCUGCAGAACAGAUUCAGCCAUCAAUAAUGAGAGCCGUUCUGUACCUCCUGUUGACUGGAGUCCUGCUUAUAGAGCCAAGUGGCUCACUCUGGUGUUACACCUGCCGCACCCAUGUCAAAUCUGACAACUGCAAAAAAGCCAUGUUCUGCAAAGACAAGACGAAAUCGUGCAAAACAGAUGUGAUCAAACUGAUAGGGUUGCUCAGCAUCGUCUCCAAGGAAUGUGCUUCAUCGUGCACCACGUACUACAAAGACAUGCUGAUUGUCAGAAGGAAUGUCUCCUGCUGUUCCAGCGACCUCUGCAAUGUAGGUGGCACCUCCGCCUCCCCAACCAACGGUGCCCAGAUGGCCAUGGUAGCUUUCAUCAGCUCUGCCUGCAUUAUUCUGAGCAGGCUCCUGUGAGGGCAGGAUGGCGCUGGUGAGGCAUGCAAAGGAAAGGCAAAGGGAAGCAGAGUCUACGUUUCCACCCAAGGCUACAUUUAAAACCACUGAU